AUGCCUCUCGGGUUAACGAAUGCCCCAGCAGCGUUUAUGGAUCUCAUGAGCAGAGUGUUCCGACCUUACUUGGAUAGCUUUGUAAUUGUGUUCAUAGACGACAUCCUUGUAUACUCACGAAGUCUAGAGGGUCAUAAGAAGCACUUGAGGUUGGUACUGAAGACUUUGAGGAGGAAGCAGCUCCCCGUUGUUUGCAUUGUUGGUGGUCCUAAUUCGAAUGAUUAUGGCAGUAACAGAAUUCUCCACCACACCAUUGGAUUGUCUGACUUCAGCCAAGAGCUCAGAUGCUUCCAAACUGUUACUUGCCACCAGGCUGUUAUGAAGGACUUGGAAGAUGCACAGUUGCAGAUAGAUGAAGCUAUUGCAGUUGCUUUGAAAGAAAGCAAGCCUGUUUACAUCAGCAUAAGCUGUAACUUACCAGCCAUUCCUCAUCCAUCCUUUCCUCAAGAGCCUGCUCCAUUCUUCUUAACUCCCAAACUGACUAACCAAGAGUGCCUGGAGAUUGCAGUGGAGGCAACAGCAAACUACUUGAACAAGGCUGUGAAACCAGUUAUUGUUUCGGGGCCUCUUCUUAGAGCUGCAAAGGCCUGUAAUUCCCUUAUUGAGUUGGGAGAUGCUUGUGGUUAUGCCAUGGCGGUCAUGCCCUCAGCAAAAGGCCUUAUACCAAAGAACCAUCCAAAUUUCAUUGGGACUUACUGGGGUGUAGUAAGCACCCCUUUCUGCGCAGAAGUUGUCGAAUCAGCUGACGCUUACCUCUUUGCCAGAGCUAUAUUUGACGAACUAACCACUGUCGGGUACUCACUUCAUGUCAAAAUGCAGAAGGCGGUAAUCAUACAGCCUCAGAGUGUAGUUAUUGCAAAUGGACCAAGAUUUGGGGGCAUUCAAAUGAGGGACUUUCUCAAAGCACUUGCAAGGCAGCUCGAGUACAAUUCAACUGCUUACAAGAACUACAGCCGGAUACAUGUCUCAGAGGGCCUUCCUUCUCAAUGUGAUCCCAAGGAGAAUCUGAAAGUCAGCAUUCUUUUCAAAAACAUACAAAACAUGUUGUCAAGUAACACCGCGGUGAUUGCAGAAGCAGGAGACUCUUGGUUUAAUUGCCAGAAGCUGAAACUCCCACAAGGAUGCACUUAUGAGUGUCAAAUAAAUUAUGGAUCAAUCGGUUGGUCAGUUGGUGCAACUCUAGGAUAUGCACAGGCUGCACCUAAUAAGAGACUAAUUAGUUGUAUUGGUGAUGGGAGCUUCCAGAUGACAGCACAAGAUGUGUCGACUAUGCUGCGAUGUGGACAACGAAAUAUCAUAUUUUUACUUAACAAUGGCGGAUACACGACAGAAGAAAAGUUCCAUUUCGGGCCUUACAACAUAAUCAAGAACUGGAACUACACUGCCUUGGUUGAUGCUAUUCACAAUGGGGAAGGCAAGUGCUGGACCACCAAGGUUCAUUGUGAGGAGGAGCUUGUUGAAGCAAUUAAGACGGCGACUGAGGAUAAGGAGGAAUGCUUGUGUUUCAUAGAGGUUGUUUUACACAUGGAUGACACAAGCAAGGAGCUAAUUCAGUUUGCAUGUAGAAUAGCUGCCAGAGGCCGCCCACCAAAACCAUGA